AUGGAGGAGAUGCAAAGUAUUGCAAUUAAAAUUGGUUACAAAUGUGUUCUUUCGGUUGAUUGUAGGGGAAGUGGUAGGGAUAGAGCUGGGGGCCUGUGUCUAUUAUCUAAAGAUCCAGGAUGUUUCAAGAUUCGUUCUUUUUCUGAUAAUCAUAUUGCUGGUAGCUGCCAAUUGGAGGAUGACGAUGUUCCGUGGUUCUUUUCGGGUUUCUAUGGUUUUCCGGAAGAUCAUCUAAAAAAGAACACGUGGCUAUUGAUUCAAGGGGUGUUUAGGGAGGCUGUUGGAAAAUUUAUUUGCUUUGGGGAUCUGAAUGAUACGGUUCAGGAGGAGGAGAAACUGGGGGGUAACUACAGGACUGUCAGUCAAAUGGCGUGGGGGAGGCAAACGUUGGAGGCUUGCAACUUACUGGAUAUGGGCUUUUCGGGUUAUAAGUUUACUUGGUCCAAUGGGAGAAGAGGGCAAGAGAAUAUUCAAUGUAGAUUGGACAGGGGCCUGGCGAAUAGCUCUUUUUUGGAGGAAUUCCCUUGUACAAAAGUGUUCCAUUUACCCAGAUUUGGAUCGGAUCAUGCUGUUUUGAGAAUUGUUGUUGAGAAAGAAGCUCUCUUGGAAAAACGCCCUCAUCUUUUCAGAUUUGAAGAUGUUUGGUGCAAGGACCCUCUUUGUGAAUCUUUGGUUCGUGAUCUUUGGUCUGCGGCGGGUUCCUUUAGUGCCAAAACAAAUUCUCUCCACUCUUUGCAGGCUGUUUUCAAGCACUACAGAACUGGUCAUAUAGCUAAGGAACUCAAAAUAAUUGAAGUUCUUCUUCAGGACGAUGUGAGGUGGUCUAGUAGGGCGGAGGAUAUCUCUCAGUACAGGGCUCUUGAUGUUCAGCGGAACAAGCUUCUUCGCUUAGAAGAGAUUGUGUGGAGGCAGCGUAGUAGGGCGGUCUGGUUGAAGGAGGGAGACCGCAUUGCUGGUGUUUGCAGUGCUACCCAUUCUAAACUGUCCGACGUGCAAAAGGAGUGGUGUGGAAAGGUUUUUUCUGGGGAAGAAGUAAAGGAAGCUCUUUUUCAAAUGCAUCCCGGCAAAGCCCCGGGGCCGGAUGGACUGAACGCGGGUUUUUUUUCAAAAGUGAAGAACCCCGGCUCCCCUCAGGAGUUCCGCCCCAUUAGUCUAUGCAAUGUUAUCUUGAAAGUGAUUACCAAAACUAUUGCCAAUCGUUUGAAGGGUAUUCUCCCGGAUAUUGUGAGCGAAGAGCAGAGCGCCUUCGUCAAAGGGCGUCUCAUCACGGAUAACGCCUUAAUAGCCAUGGACUGUUUCCAUUGGAUGAAAAACAAAAAGAAAGGGAAGAAAGGGGUGAUGGCGCUAAAGUUGGACAUGUCUAAGGCCUACGAUCGUUUAGAGUGGGAGUUUGUGGUUGGUACUCUUGAAGCGUUUAACUUCCCCACUGGUUUGAUUAACCUCAUCAAGCGAUGCAUUUCCUCCGUUACCUAUCAAAUUCUUAUUAACGGUCAGCCGAGUAGAAGUUUCUGCCCUCAAAGGGGACUCCGUCAAGGAGAUCCCUUGUCACCUUACUUGUUUAUUUUGUGUGCUGAGAUCCUUUCAGGUAUGUUCAAGAUGGCUGCUAACUCUAAGGUUUUCCAUGGAAUCAAGGUCGCUAGGCAUGCCCCGACAAUUUCUCAUCUCUUUUUCGCGGACGACAACCUUUUGUUCUCUAGGGCCAACGAAUUCGAAGCUGCCAGAAUCCUUGGUAUCCUGCAUAGGUAUCAAAAUGCCUCGGGCCAGCUUGUGAAUGUGGAGAAGUCGGAGGUUUCCUUUAGUGGUAAUGUCAGUGCUGCCUCGAAAGAAGCUAUCCGAAGUUUUCUUGGGUUCAAGUCUGUCAAUAGCCAUACCAAAUAUCUGGGGCUGCCAGUUGUCUUCGGCAGGUCGAAGAAGGAUGUUUUCUCCUUGGUGGUUGAAAGAGUGUGGAAAAAAGUGAAGGGAUGGAAGGAAAGCUUCUUAUCUAGAGCCGGGAAGGAGGUUCUCAUUAAGGCGGUGGCCCAAGCGAUCCCGUCGUAUAUUAUGAGCUGCUACAAGAUUCCUGAUUCUUGCUGUGCGGAGAUUGAGUCCAUGUUGGCGAGAUUUUGGUGGGGGGCGAAAAAUGGAGAGAAGACAAUUCACUGGACGAGGUGGGACAAUUUGACGAUUGCUAAAGGCGAUGGAGGAUUGGGCUUUAGAGGAAUACGGUAUUUCAACACUAGCCUUCUUGGCAUGCAGUUCUGGAGGUUGCUGAAAGGCGACGGGACUCUCUUGGAGAGGUUUUUUAAAGGGAGAUAUUAUCCUAAUUGUGACGUUUCCGAGGCUGGUUUGGGGUUCAAGCCAAGCUAUGCUUGGAGAAGUAUCCUUAGUUCCAAAGAGAUGGUUUUGAAGGGCUCUAGAUGGAGGAUUGGUGACAGUGCGAGUGUUCGUAUUUGGGAGGAUAACUGGAUUCCUUCUCUGCCAGGUUUCAAACCUCUAUCCCGUCUGUUACCUUGGCCAAGUGAUACUAAGGUUAGCUCUAUUAUUGAUGAAGAUUUGAGUUGUUGGAAGAUGGAUGUUAUUAAGGAUAUUAUGGGGGAUAAUGGGGCAGCUCAUGUUGCGGGUAUCCCUCUCUCUACUGAUUUGGGGAAGGACAUUCUGAUCUAG